GCGCAAAGUGCAGUCGCUCGUCACGACGCUCGUUGCUGUCUCUCGUUCAAGUAAUCAAGACGACGACGACGAUGAAUUGGAUAGAUCCAGACCUCUCCUACCCCAAGCAGCAUUCGAGGCGUCGGUGCUUUGCCCAGGACACAUCGCAAAAAUGCUUUGCACCGCCCGCUGCCCGGCAACGCCACACGUACACUCGACGGCCGACGGUCGAUCCUUCACGCUGGAUCCAAUAGCGCAGCGACUGAGCAUGGUCGCCUCCACCCAUGGUCCCACCUACCUCUGGGUCGACGACGCUGCAGCUGGCUACGUGCUUCGGCGCAUCGUCGAUCGUCCGCGCCCGGGAAUAGCGACGGUGCUUGGUGACGGCGAGAUGCUCGAAGACGUGCCUGUACCGGAUGCCAAGGCGCUAGUCACGGACGCCAGUUUACGGCGCAACGUCGACGACCUCGCUACGCUCGCAGCGUACGAUACCGAGCCCACUGUGCUGCACAUGCUUCAGAAGCGCUUCCUCGAGGGGCGACUGCACACGUGGGUGGGCUCGUCGGCGGGGAUGCUCGUGGCACUGCAAACCUUUGGUGCGCCACCGACGCCACCAUCGAGUACAAGCGCUUCUGGGAUCGCGCCCAGUCUUGCGGCCAUGGCGCAGGCGGCGCUCGAUGCGCUCCUUCAGGACGGCCGAAACCAGGUGAUUAUUGUCAGUGGUGAGAGCGGCGCUGGCAAGACGGCCGCCGCGACGCACCUUCUCACCGCACUCACCGAACAGAACGGGUCUGGGGUGCUUGGCGCGCAUUCGGCACUGACUGCGUUUGGGCAUGCCAAGACGCCUCGCAAUGGCAGCAGCAGUCGCUUUUCCAAACUCGUAACCUUGCACGUGGACCCGUCAACGCGCUCGGUGGUCGGCGCGUCGAUCAUAUGCUACCUCUUGGAGAAGGCGCGAGUCGUGCGCCAGGCUAAUGGCGAGAGCAACUAUCUCAUUUUCUACCAGCUUCUCUGCUCCCAGCGUGCGGCAGACUAUGGCCUCGCGCCCUUUGGCCUCGGCGAGUACGCGUACCUGACCGAUGCCGAGGGCGGCCCCGAUGAGACUGCGUUUAAAGGGCUGGACGCAACACUCGAUGCGUUGCGCGUCGUGGGUAUUCUCGAUGUCGACUGGCUCCUCGGCGUCGUGGCUGCCAUCCUCCACCUGGGCAACCUCGUCUUUAUCGCGGACAAGGAGACAGGCUCCAACGUGGCCAACACUGCCGCGCUGGGUACUGCUGCAACGCUCUUGCGUGUGCCUGCCGAUGCGCUGCGUGACGCGCUCUGUGUCACCGUGCUCACGAUUGGCAGCAAGCUCGAGCGGCAACACAUGCCGCAUGGCCCCGAGCGCGCGGCAUCCGUGGCCGCUGCGAUGGCCAAGGCGCUCUACGUGCGACUCUUCGAGUACAUUACUACGCGCAGCAACGCAUCGUGUGGUGCGUCGUCUGACGCGCUGCGCUUGAGCGUUCUCGACGUCGUUGGCUUCGAGUCACUUCCCGUGAACGGCCUCAACCAGCUCUGCAUCAACUACACGAACGAAGUGUUUCAGCAGAAAAUGCAAGGUGAGAUCAUGGCCGCCGACUUUGCGCUGUACGCGCGGGAGGGCGUCGCGGCGCCGUCGGUGGCAUUUCACGACCACCAAGUCGUCUUGGACCUCUUGGACAAGAAGCCCGACGGGAUCUGGCAUCUCUUGGAAGAGCACUCGCGCGUGAUGCGGGGCAGCGAUGCGCGACUGGCGCAGCAGGUGCGCACAUUGUCGUCACCCGCGCUCGUUGCGCAAAAGGCACCGAUGGUAUUUGGCGUGCGUCAUUACGCCGGCGUCGUCACGUACUCGGCCGACGGUCUCACCGAGGGCAACAAGGACAUGGCCGCGCCGAGCGUCGCCGAGCUCGUCGCCCAAAGCGCGCUGCCAGCAGCCUUCCAGGCGCUGUUUCAAGCUGCCCCAGCGCGAGCGCGGUCGCCGGUGGCGGACUUUCGCACGCAACUCGCCGCGCUGCGUCAAGACGUCGCGCUCUUGCAUCCCCGCUAUGUGUGCUGCAUUGCGCCCAACCGCACGCGCGCGACCGCAACGUUCGAGCCGAUGGUCGUCCUCGAUCAGUUGCGGGCGGCAGGCGUCCUCGCCGCCGUCGCUCUAUCAACGCACGGUCUCGCCUUUCGUGUGCCGCACAGCGCAUUUUUCCAAAUGUACCAGCGCUUAGCGCCAGGGGCGCGCGACUGCCAGGCCCUUUUGCGCGACCUCGGCUUGCGCGCGCGGCUCGGCGCGUCGCUCGUCUUGUACGACGCGCCCGCCCACGACCUCCUCGAGUUGCUGCGAGUGCUUCACCGAUCCGCGUCGGUCGUGCAGGUGCAAGCAGCGUGGCGGCGCCGGCUCGCACGCCAGUAUGUCUGCGCCCGUCGCGCGGCGUCAAAGGACCCGUCCACCGCGCCCGAGGUAUUGCGUCCGUGGCAGCCGCUGUUUCCAGCUCAGCAAUCAGCAACGGCGGCGCAAAGCGAGAAGGGUACUCCGCCGAUCGACGAGCCGCAGUGCGAUGAGGACGACGAAGACGCGCUCAAGCAGCAGCUCACCAAGGCCGUCGAGGCCAACGACCGCGCCGCCGUGAUUGGUCGGUCGAUCGCGCUUCAGAAGCGCUUUCUCAAAGUGCACGCGGGCAUGUUCUUGCCGUCGCAGCUGCCUCUGCUGCGGGCCAAAGCCGACUUUGCCAAUGCGCGAUUCUACGGCCUGAGCUCAAGCGGCGCCAAAGAAGACUUGGUCGAUGGUAUGCUCAAGUUUAGUGCCAAGCCACUGCACACGUCCUUGACGCUAUUACCCCCUGCCGCCACGCGCGAUGCGAUCCGUUGCUUCAAGGCUAUCCUUGGCUACAUGGGCCUGCGUCGGCAAGGGACACCGCAAGACCUCGUGGUCGAGCUCAUCUCGAAAGCGAUCGCGCAGCCAGAUCUGCGCGCGGAAGUGUACGCGCAGAUCCUCAAGCAGCUCACGGACGUGCCCAGCGACGCGUUGCGGGACAAGGCGUGGGCGCUCUUGAUUGUGGCGCUCGCCCAUGUACCGCCCCCGCCGGUGCAAGAAAGCUACGUCGCCAUGUUCAUCCAGGCCCAUGCCCCCGAUGCAUGGGUGGACCAUCUCUUCCUCAUGCUGCACCAGCGCCUCGUGCAUGGCGCCCGUCGCGACGUCUUGGUCCCCGACGCGAUUGCCGCGCUCCUCGAUGGCUUUCGCGGUCCUUCGCCGAGCCCGACUGCAAGCCGUCUCUCGAUCACGGCCGGGUUUCUCGACCCGACGCCGUCGACCCGCGUGCUCUACGCCUUCCAAGGCAGUGCGGACGAUGCGACGUUGACGGUGGACGCAGGAGACGAGGUCGUUGUCCUCGACGCGUCGCUCGCGGCUCCGUGGUGGUUCGUGCAGAUCGGCCACGUCGGUGGGUACGUCCCUGCGACGUAUCUGGAGCUCUACACCAAACAGAUGCAACGCGCGCUGCUUGUAUAACUCAAUAUAUGAAGUCGAUCGAUC